AUGCCGCCGCCACCAGCUCAGAUGCAGGGCAUGCCGCAGGAGCAGACCGUCUUUCAGAAGCUCCGGAUGGGCGCCAUGAUGGGCACCCUCGUCGGCCUCACGAUCGGCUUCAUCGGCGGUGGCUUCCAGAUCCUCCGCGCCGGACCGGGUCCCAAGGGAACGCUAGCCACGCUAUCGCAGUACAUGCUCUCGUCGGGCGCCACGUUUGGCUUCUUCAUGUCGAUCGGAACCGUGCUCAGGACAGAGGACGGCCCCGCCGCCAUCCAGGCGCCCGUCCCCUUUGGCGCCGGCAGGGAGUACGUCGAGAGGAUGAAGAGGAUGGCAGACCUCUCCGAGCGCCAGCAGUGGAAGCAGGCCGCGGCGGCCGGCGGCGUCGAGGUCGACGACGAGUGGAUCAGGUUCAGGAACUAG